AGUUACCUCUCCUCCUUUUUCUCUGUUUUUUUAAACCUGAACGUGGUCGAGUCCCGAUUCGCGAGCGACUUUUCGUUCAAUCCGAUCCGUCUGCGUCUGGUUUUUCUCCUCCGAGGCGUUUCUACUGUAGAACUCAACCAGCACGGAAUCGAACCAGGACGACGGACAACGACCUUCCCUACAAUUCUGCAAUCAUGAUGUCGAUGAACAGCAAACAGCCUUUCAGUAUGCACCCGAUGCUGCACGAACCCAAAUACGCUCCUCUGCACUCCAGCUCGGAGGCCAUCCGCAGGGCCUGCCUGCCCAACCCGUCGCUUCAGGGCAACAUCUUCGCCGGCUUCGAUGAGACGUUGCUGCAGAGAGCGGAGGCUCUGGCCGCUGUGGACAUCGUGGCUCAGAAGAGUCACCCGUUCAAACCCGACGCGACCUACCACACCAUGACCACCAUGACCAGUAUGACCUGCACCCCGACCUCCUCCUCCGGGCACCUGCACCACCCGUCCGUGCUCACCUCCCACCACCACCCGGUGCACCACCACCAGUCGUCGCAGGGUCUGGACGGCGACCUGCUGGACCACCUCACACCGGGCAUCUCCCUGGGAGGCAUGGGCGGCUCGGACGUCUGCUCCUCCUCGCACAGCCACGCCGCCCACAUGUCAGCCAUAAACCACAUGCAGCACCAUCACCACCAACAGUCCAUGAACAUGCACCCGCACGGGCUGGGCUCCCACGGAUCCCUGGGGGGCUCCGGCGGGGACGUGGAGCCCGAUCCCCGGGAGCUCGAGUCUUUCGCCGAGAGGUUCAAACAAAGGCGGAUCAAGCUCGGAGUGACCCAGGCGGACGUGGGCUCGGCCCUGGCCAACCUCAAGAUCCCCGGGGUGGGCUGUCUGAGCCAGAGCACUAUCUGCAGGUUCGAGUCCCUGACCCUGUCGCACAACAACAUGGUGGCGCUGAAGCCGAUCCUGGAGGCCUGGCUGGAGGAGGCGGAGCGGGCGCAGAGGGAGAAGAUGAACAAGCCCGAGAUCUUCAACGGGGGCGACAAGAAGCGGAAACGCACGUCCAUCGCGGCCCCGGAGAAGCGCUCCCUGGAGGCGUACUUCGCGGUGCAGCCGAGGCCCUCGUCGGAGAAGAUCGCAGCCAUCGCCGAGAAAUUGGACCUGAAAAAGAACGUGGUCCGGGUUUGGUUUUGCAAUCAGAGGCAAAAGCAGAAACGAAUGAAGUUUUCUGCGACGCACUAAGAUGACUGAGGGGGGGUUCACACAAAGACAAACCAGAGACAAGCUGCUGCUGCUGUCAGAAAUAAAACAAGGUACACCGUUGUGCCUUUUCAGCAGGGGCCUCACCUGUUCGAAUCCCAGAGGGGCCCGUGGGCGCGCACUUAAAAAUAAAUAUGUAAUUUAAUCCAGUUUAAUUUAUUAUUUGUCCCUUAGUCUCUCAAUUGGCCCCUGAAAUGAAAAUGCAUCCAACACGUGAGAUGCUGCAUCACCUCAUUAAUUCACUUUUAUUGUAUUAAAGAUGAAAAAUAAAUCAUAUUUCCUGACCCACACUGGACCGAGUGUCUCGAUGGGUCCGAUCAGUGUUGUCCACUUCGUCCAGGAGCAGCUUUCACAGCCGGGCUCCUCGCACCACGUGCCUGAUCUUCUUCCAGUUGUGGAAACGACUUCACCGAAAGUAUUCAACGUGUUCAGGCCGCAGAGUUUCUCCUCGUGCAUGUGUCCGAGGUGUUGGAAACAUCUGGAUGUGGGACACCGGACCACCACCCUCCACCACAGCACGUGCAGGAACUGGUUCAGCCUCGUGCAGCUGCAAAACAAACCACUGGAUUCAACGGUGUACCUGUUUUUUGAAAAAUUAUAAAUCUGACAGGGGGACACGGACUCAACAUCUGGAGGAACAAUGAUGCUCCGUCCCGUUCAUUCAUACGGCAAUUAUUGUACAAAUAAAUGAAGAAUAAUAACGAAGGGGAAUCGAGGGAUAACUGUGAUUAUCCUCUUUAGGUUUUUUAUAUUUAUCAUUGUACAUAUCUGUGAAUACGUGGCACCUCGUGUGUGAAAGAAGCUCGUUGAGAUGUAUUGAAAAAUGUUUUCGCUGUCUUUUCUCCCAGGUGUUCGUCUGUUCCGCGGGGAACCGACGGAACCACAACACAUUUAAAAAAAAAAAAGAAGGAACAAGUUGUGUGGUUGAAUGACAUGAGGCACAAACAUUAUCCGUGAU